AAUGACAUAUGUCAAUGAAGUAUAAAAUAUCUAAAGCCUUCGAUAAAUAAUAUAAUUAUGAUUAAUAUCAUAAUUUGAAAGUGCGUGUUUAUAUAAAACGAUUAAGAUGUUUAUGACACUAUAAAACGUGUCUAUUUAUAGAAUUUGUAUAGAUUUAAAUAAAAGAAAAAGAGGCCGAUUUAGAAGAUAACAUUUAAGAUGACUUUAUCGAUUAAAAUAGAAAGACAAAAGAUUCUCAAACCUUAUCUGGGUGGAUGGCGUCACAAAAUUACCGGAAUAGAAUACGUAAACGCAGCUUCUCAAACUGGACCUCUGCCAAAACAGAUAUCAUGGCAGAAUACGUGCAGCAGAGCGGUGCAAUGUAUGCAAAUGAAGGAUGGCGCAACCCAAUCAUUGCGUCAUUGUGCAACACAAAUGUGGCGGUACUACAUACCUAGUGAAGAGGAUAAAUACAUGAUUGUAAAGCCAUAUAAAAGCCAUGCAAAAAUACAAUCCCAUUUAGAUAGAUACGCACGUGUAAUUCAGAGAAAUUACCGAGCAUAUAGAUUGAUGAAAUACAUCAGGAAAUGUGCACAAACUUAUCGCAAUAUGCUCGAAAAAUGUAACAAAUACGAGGAAGAGAAAGCUAUUGCUUACAACUCUUCUAGAAUGCGACAUAAAUCCAACAUUCUUCGUCAAACUUAUCCGCGAUCGAGGGCUGACUUUGACAUGCUCUACAAUCUGAUCGAAAGAUGGAGAUCCGAUUGUCUAAAAGAUAUAAAAUCACGAUUGUUCAAAAGCGGGCAACGUGCUGAAAAUUACAGAAUUCUAGAAAAGACAGUGGAAAUGUUUAAUUAUAUCGACAAACAUAAGCAAGCUAUUAAAAGCUCGUACAGGAAGCAAAGAGCUCUUAAAUUUUUGACGUUAAAUUGCAAGUCGAUACGAUGGACCGGUUACAAGGGUAAAACCGUAGAGAUGAUCACUAUGAAAAUUCAAAAGGCUCGGGAGUUUAAAAGAGUCUAUGAUGCAUUGAAUAAUCGCAAUGUUAAUUCAGAGGAACGGAUGAAGUUAUUAAUAAUGUUAAAGACAUCGCUCGAAUCACACAAUUGUAUUGAUGCUUUUGAUCUGAUCUCUUUAUUGGAUCAAGAGAUCGCAUUAUUGAAUCGAAAGAUUGAGGAUUUAUCACUCGAUUAUUUAAACGAAAGAAUAAUGCAUACUUACUUAAAUUUUGUGAGCGUGUAUAGCACGUGCAGAUGCAAAUGUGUAAAUUCUAAAGACAAUGAAUUACGAGAACCUUUAGAAGCAAGAAUGAAAUUUUGUCGGAAUUGCUCAAAACUACUUCCUUUCCAUAGAUUUUUCCCACAUACCAGAAUGAAGAAACUAUCAGUUUGUAUUAGUUGCAGUUCUCUAGCUCGGCGUAAUUUUGCACAUGUGGAUUAUGAUCCUUACAUGUUUAUAUUAAAUUGCGUGCGAGCUGAGGAAGAACGUCAAAGCUCCAGUUCCGGUUUGGCAUUUAUGAUGCAGGAACAUGAUAUUUAUCAUCUAGUUAAUCAUAUUUGGCACGGUCAAUCAGCGGUCAGUAAAGUUAAGGAUCUUUUUGUUCUGAGAUUGAUCAGAUAUCAAAAGGAUAUUGAAUGGGCACCUUGGAAUUGUAUUCUUCUUACGGAAGACGAAGCCAAUAUACAUUGUCAUAUUGAUGAUCUUGCUACUGUAUACUCGAAGCAUCUGAUAAAUCAGAUCAAUUUGAAUCAUCAGAUUGCAAAGAAUUAUUUCAAGUAUGUAUAA